AUGUGGCUUAUUCAGGGCGGCCGUUGGCCUUUGGGGCUUCUGCUGGCAGCAACAGCGCCGGUACUGGGCUCUCCUAUCGCGCCUCGAUCCGCAGGCCCUUGGCUUGCCAUUGAUUCCGACUUCCCCGACCCCGGCUUCGUUCAAGGUGAUGACGGGGCAUGGUACGCGUUUGGCACCAACGGCAACGGCAGGACCGUCCAGGUGGCCACAUCCCCUGACUUCGAGUCUUGGACUCUGCUGGAUAAAGAAGCCAUGCCCACCCUGGCUGGCUGGGAGACAGCCGUGGACCACUGGGCUCCAGAUGUAGUACAGCGGGCCCCCUUCACCGUCUACACUCUUUUGGCCACCUCGCUAACCAAGAAACCAAAUCAGAACGACGGCAAAUUCGUCCUCUACUACUCAGGCGAAGCCAAAGACGACCUCCGCCACCAUUGCGUCGGCGUCGCUGUCUCCGAAUCCACCGACCCGACGGGGCCCUACAUCCCCAAUCCCACCCCGUUGUCCUGCAGACUGGACCAGGGCGGCUCCAUCGACCCGUCGGGCUUCCUCGACCGCGACGGCAGCCGCUACGUGGUGUUCAAGGUGGACGGCAACAGCAUUGGCAACGGCGGCGACUGCAACAACGGGAUCGCGCCGCUCAAACCCACGCCGAUUCUGCUGCAGAAGGUCGCCGACGACGGGUUCACGCCCGUCGGCGACGCGGUGCAGGUCCUCGACCGCGACGACAGCGACGGGCCCUUGGUCGAGGCCCCCAACCUGAUCCUGCACGGCGACACGUACUUCCUGUUCUACUCGACGCACUGCUACACGGACCCCAAGUACGAUGUGCGCUGGGCGACGAGCAAGUCGAUCACGGGCCCGUACACCAAGUCCGGCCGGCAGCUGUUCGCCUCGGGCCAGUGGAAUCUGACGUCGCCGGGGGGUGGCACGUCAGCGCAGCAGCAGCAGCAGCAGUAG